AUGCUAAAGGAGCACACCUAUCCGCGCACUGACGGAUUACCGCAGUUUCUAGCUGCGAUUGGCUCGACACUGAAGGAUUUAACACUCCAUGGGCCUCGGCAGGAAAUUGACGAGAACUUGAUUGUUCGGAACUGCACAAACCCUCAUACGCUGUCGCUAUGCGGUGGGAUUGUAGACGUCCAACUGAACUUGAGCGACUACCGCUACAAGAACUUACCAAUUCCCGAGAUCAAAUGCCACUGGUACGAUGUUGUUCGGCGACUACGAUUGCGUCUAAAUGAUCGAUGCAAGCACUGGAAACGCGUUGCGGGUGGCUAUGACUUCAAUCGGUUGCCAGAGGAUAUGAAGGCGAUGGCUCGUAUGCUGACAGUGAACCGGCACCUCGCGUACCUUGAUGUCCUGAUGCUAACAGGUCAUCGCAAGCACGGGAAUCUGUUGAAGAAACAUCAUCUCAAGCCUAUCGAUCGUCCAGCGAAACUUGAUCGAGGUGUCAAGCUGGCGUUUCUAAGUGCCAUCUCGGCUAGAAUGAUGCCAGCUGAAGCUGCUACGAGCAAGAGAGCGCGUCAGACACCAGGAAUCGAAUCUGUGGCCGGGGGUCUGGACCAACGGGUGAUAUCCCAGACCUUUUCAUUUGCGGGGCCCCCAUUGCUUCGUCGAGUGUAUCUCCGCAUAACCAAAUACUACUGUGAACCGUACGACGACUUUUAUGGCGACUACGACGAAGAAGACGAUGGCGAUGGAGAGGAAAAAGAUGGCGCUUAG